AUCCAUAAUAUCCAUAACAUCCAGCCUUGAUCAUGAGGCUAUCCAGACUGUCUGACGAUAACAACUCCACAAUAAAUACAUCAUUUUGUUUGCCCUUCCCCCUUGUAUCUAUACACAUACAUACACAUACAUAUAUCAUAUAGCCUGACCAUAAAUUCUCCUGAAUCUAUUGUAUCAAUAACCCAAAUACUUUCUCUUCAACAUUUUCCAACCUAUCGAAUUUGUUUUAUCCGUUGGGCUUUGAUCUUUAAUUUAUGUCUCGGCACCCAACAAAUUACGCCAUACCGUUGAUUUACCUUCAGCCUCGCGGCUUCUCCCUUCAAAUAGCAAAAAGGUUCCAACACUCUCUCAAAUCGUUAGCUAUAAGUACGACAAAGUGAAUACCCAUUCACAUACAUUUCAAUUUCGAGGGGAACUUCCAAUAGCAGUUAAGCGCAAAAUUGUGAAUUUCAGCAGAGGAAAGAUGUGCCGCUUUCUGGUGAGUCAAGCGCUUCGAGUUUUGAUUUGCAACAGAAUACUAAUGAUAGUAAGGUAUAUAAAGGCUCAGAUGCUAUUUUACUGUCCAAAAUCAUCUUGGAUCCUACUCACUCAAUCCUCAAUCAAUCUUUCGACUCACGUCUUCGAUUAGACAUGAGAAGACCUCACAAUGGUUAGUAGUCUCUGGUAUUCCUACAUCUGAGGACACGGUGACUAAUACAGUUUUGCAGGUGAUGGAUUUGGAAUUGGUUAUUACACAGAACCUGAGCUUGGACCAGAGCCAUGUAUCUUCACAUCUACCAUUCCUGCAUGGAAUUGUAUCAACCUUCAACGAAUUGCCUCAAAGACCGCUUCACCGCUUAUAUUCGCACAUGUGCGAGCUACAACCGAGGGUUCCCUUAGCGACGACAACUGUCAUCCCUUCUCUCAUGGAAGUUUACUAUGGAUGCAUAAUGGUGGAUUAGGUGGUUGGAAACAUAUAAAAAGACGCCUGGGCGAAAGACUGGCCGAUAAAUGGUAUCUUGGUGUUCAUGGAGGUACCGACAGUGAAUGGGCAUUCGCUUUAUAUCUGGACACACUUGAGAGAAUGGGUCACAAUCCUAGUGCUCCACCGGCUCAAGGAUUUGGCCCAACUGUUCUGAGGCAUGCCAUGCUGGCUACCAUCAAACAGAUUAACGAUUUUAUUGCAGCGAUCCCGGAGAAGACAAUCGAGGAAGAAAAUCUGGACAUCCGGAGUUUGUUGAAUUUUGCAAUUGCUGAUGGCCAUAGUGUUGUCUGUACCCGUUAUGUCAGUAGCAAGACCGAUGAGGCAGCCAGUCUCUAUUACUCUUCCGGUACUACAUGGAAGGACAAAGGUAAUAAGGGCGAGUACCAAAUGGAUCGUCGAGACAAGGGCGCUGAUAUCGUUCUCGUUGCAAGCGAACCUUUAACAUUUGAGAGAGGUAAUUAUUUCCCCUUAUUUCUUACCUUCGUGCAUUUCAUUCGCCGCCCCUUCAUCUUGCCAAGGGCCGAGACAAUAGACGCUAGAUAUUCCCGCGAGUCCCAUGAAAAUUCUUAAACGAGAACCUAGAACUGGAAAAUCUUCUUUAUGUUGCACGUCAGCAGAUAGGCGAAACUCAGGCGAGGUUCCAAUGCCCCAUGUGUUGUCGCAUGUCGAUAGAUUCGCGAGGUGGCUAGCGUUUUUAGCUCUCCAUACUUUUCUCGCUUGUUUCGAGAGAGCCCCUCUUCGAAGUUCAGCACAUUCCUCAUUUCCUCGCUUGUUUGGCAUCAUUAUUCUUGCAUGCCACGUGGACAAAACGUUGCUAAUACAUUUACAGAAAGCUGGGUGACGGUUCCGACUAAUUCCAUUUUGACAAUUCACAAGCAGACUGUUAUGGUACAUCCGAUCAUUGAUGAAUACUAUAACCACAAUCCGUAUCAUUCACGAUCCUCCCAAUUUGUUACCGACAAGGGCCUCGUCACCAACGAAAAAUCAACGCCAGCUACAACAUCAACUCCCACCACACCUAUGUCAGUACAUCAGUCACUCGCCAAAUCACUCAAUCCAUCGUCAGCUAUGCUGUCACCGAGAGAAAACUAUAAUCCCAACAUAUUGAACAACACAUCGUAUACACCAGCAAUCUCGGACAUUCGGCAAGCCAUUCCAGCACCCUCCCGUCCUGCCAUAACUUCCUACAAAUCUGGGGAGCAGGGAAACACGAAGAAAAAACGUACGACUGCACCUGUGCCUGCGCUGGUACAAAUCCCAGCCGGUAGUAUGGAUUCCAUGGUAUCAAGUGGAACUUCAGGGAUUGAUUACAUGGACACACCUGAUACACCAGAGCUCACAAGGAAUUCUGACAGUAGAAACAAGCUAGCACAGUAUUUUCCGGAGUUGGAUAGUAUCAAUCGGAAUUAAGCCAAGGGCUAACAUGGAAUAUUUCGCAUUAAUGAUUUCACUAUGUUAAUUGUAUUUAUGGACUGGGAAUUGAGCGCUGUGGAUUUGGACUGGCGUCAAAAUUAGACUGGUUGGUGCAUCGCUUGCAAAUUAUUUAGAUGAGGCUGUUCAUAGCAUGAUGUAAGAUUCCCCUUUAGCAGUCGAAAUUCACGUUGUUUUUGUAUAUGAGCCAUUGUUGUCACUUGUAAGAUGUUAGCUUUUCUAUGCCACGUUGGUUCAAAUAGUCGAAUGACGGGUGAAAUAGGAUGAUUAGACGGCAUGAAAGCAAAAAUGCUUUACGAGAACGACAACGACGACC